AAAGAAAUAUUUUCUCUCUGAGUCCCUCUUCUCCUCUCUUUCUCUCUCUCUCUCAUGAGUCCAAGGCCUCCCAACAGCUACAGUUCAAAACCCUUCUGCUACUGACAAGUGACCACCAGCUAGUAAAACAGCUUCAAACCCACAAAUCUUUUUCAAUAUUUUUUCGCAAUUACUAGGAAUCAACUGUUAGCAUUGGCUCUAUCCACCAGUUUAAGGUCUCAGUUUGUUUUCGCAAGAUUUUAUUCUUUCAAAAUGGCAGUAGCUGCAGCUUGCGGCUUGCAGUUUACUGCAGCUAGACCUUCUAUUAUCCCAGCUCGAAGAGUUUUGGGGCAAGCUGUUGGCCGCAUUGGCUCAGACCCUAAUGCAGCAUCGUGGAUUAAACUUUCAAGUGCUUCUCAUACAUCAUCUUUACAACUUUUCCAGUGCAACUUCAUGUCAUCUUCUGCAAAAACUGAGAGAAUGGUAACGAAGGCAAUGUCUGAGGCUGGAGAAAAGCAGUCGUCAUCAGGCUUAUCACUUAACCUAAAAGGCAAAAGAGCAUUUAUUGCUGGUGUGGCUGAUGACAAUGGCUAUGGUUGGGCAAUCGCAAAAUCUCUUGCUGCUGCAGGUGCUGAAAUUCUCGUCGGAACCUGGGUUCCUGCCUUGAACAUCUUUGAAACAAGUCUACGACGUGGGAAAUUUGAUGAAUCGCGUGUGUUGCCGGAUGGUUCUCUAAUGGAGAUAACAAAAGUUUAUCCUCUAGAUGCAGUUUAUGAUAACCCUGAGGACGUCCCUGAAGAUGUAAAAGCAAACAAGCGGUAUGCUAGUUCCAGUAAUUGGACUGUCAAGGAGGUUGCGGAAUCUGUGAAAGAGGAUUUUGGCAGCAUUGAUGUUCUUGUUCACUCACUUGCUAAUGGGCCAGAGGUGACUAAACCUCUGUUGGAGACUUCACGGAAGGGAUAUCUUGCAGCAAUCUCUGCAUCUAGCUAUUCAUAUGUUUCUUUACUGAAGCACUUCCUUCCAAUUAUGAAGCCAGGUGGUUCUUCCAUUUCUCUGACAUAUAUUGCUUCUGAGAAGAUCAUUCCAGGAUAUGGAGGAGGCAUGAGCUCAGCGAAGGCAGCUCUUGAAAGUGACACAAGAGUACUUGCUUUUGAAGCUGGAAGGAAGCAUAAAGUCAGAGUCAACACAAUAUCUGCCGGUCCAUUAAGAAGCCGUGCUGCAAAAGCCAUUGGUUUCAUCGAUAUGAUGAUUGAUUAUUCACUAGCCAAUGCACCUCUCCAGAAAGAAUUAUCUGCAGAUGAGGUCGGGAACACGGCUGCUUUCCUAGCUUCUCCACUGGCAUCUGCUAUUACCGGUGCUGUAAUAUACGUGGACAAUGGUCUGAAUGCAAUGGGCGUAGGAGUCGACAGUCCCAUAUUCAAAGAUCUUGACAUUCCAAAGGCAAAUGCUUGACAUGAUAAAUAAGACCCAGGCCUGUUUGUAGAUUUGGAGCUUGAAGAAUUAGAGCCUCUCUUCAGUUUCUUUUGUACAUUCUUAGGGUCAUAACCAACAGUGGGUUGACCACCGGCUUCAACUGAAUGUUAGGAGUAUUAUGCUGAGAUUUUUUCUGAUGCAAGUUUUCUCAUAAGAAUUACUACCUUGCAUGGACAAUGUGACAGUGAGAAGAUGAUUGUUUCUGGUUUUGUGGAUGAAGCAGUUCUCUUGAUUCCAGCACAAGAACCUUAAAACA